CAGGAAGUAGUCAUAAUCAUGUUGCUUGGCCAACACGUCCGAGAUAAAACACUGGCCGUCCUCAUUUGAAACGCUCGUUUUUGUUUCCGUCUACAAAGCAAGAAACAGCAAUUCAAUAAGUAAUACAACUUAUGAGGAAAGCGUGUCCGGUAAUAUCGCGAGGUUAGCCAGUCGGCGUGAAUGUGGCUGCUACUUUCCGCGGGCAGGGAGGACCUAACUCAGCACACUCUUCUGCAAGUGUGCUGAAGACUAUGCAAAGGUUUUACUUGGAACUAAAUUAAAUUUACUUCAGCUCAACCCAACAUCGUUUUAAACGUAGCUCAAAGUUUUAUUUAUACCCCGAAGGGUCUGGAAUACAUGGACGCUAACGUUAGCUCGCUAGUUAAGAGGCAUUUCAGUGGAAAUCGUCCGUAUUUCCCCUGAAAGAAACAAAAUGUCCGCGGAGCACAGAGCAAGCUGGAUACUGACAGGCACCGUGGUCGCUUGUGUCGCCGCUCUGUAUGUGCCCUGUGUGCAGAGGACGGUCCCCGGUGGAGACUCAGGAGAGCUGAUCACCACUGCUUGUGAGCUGGGGGUGGCCCAUCCUCCAGGAUACCCACUCUUCACUCUACUGGCUCACAUGGCUAUGCGUCUGCUGCCCUCACUCUCUCCAGCUCACAGUGUUAACCUGAUGAGUAGCCUCCUGGGGGCUGCAGCUUGUGGUGGCUUCUGCAUUACUGUCUGCAGGUUGGCAGGUCCUGGUCCUGGAGCAGUGCUGGCUGGUGGGCUGUUUGCUGUGUCCAGACUCAGCUGGCAGUGGUCCAUGGUGGCAGAGGUCUUCACCCUCAAUAACCUUUUUAUUGGCCUUCUCUUCUUCUUGACCGCCAGCUUCCACUGUGCUGAAAAUGCCACGCAGAGGAAGAAGACUGCACACUGGGGGGCAUUAUGCUGUGGCUUGGGGCUCUGUAACCAGCACACACUGGUGCUGUAUGUGUUGGUCAUCAUUCCUUGGGUCCUUUACCGACUGUAUUCUCAAAAGGAGCUGUCUUUGCGUGGCCUUGUAUCUCUGGGAUUCUGUUUCCUCGCUGGCUUCCUGCCGUACAUCUACCUGCCGAUUUCAUCCUACCUCAACACAGCCCGCUGGAGCUGGGGUGACCAGACCACCCUGUCGGGUCUGUUGACCCACCUGCUGCGAGCUGAAUAUGGCACAUUCUGUCUGGCAAAGACAGAAACCUCGGUUAACCUGACCACAAUGCUGCAGGCUCAGUUGGACCACUCCCUGGCAGAACUUUCACUUCCUGUCUUGGUACUGGCAGGAAUGGGCUUUGCGCUCUCCUCAUUGGACAGGAGGUGUCGCUCAGUGUCUUGGCUGUUAACUGUCAUGCUGGUGGUCUACUCGCUGUUUUUUGCAUGGAGAGCCAACCUGGACAUUAGCAGACCCUUACUGCUCGGAGUGGUUGAGCGUUUCUGGCUCCAGAGCGAUGCUGCAGUGUGUGUGCUGGCAGGCCUCGGCUUGAGCCGGACUCUAGCUGGGCUGGAGAGGAGGCUGGGCUAUGGGGGGUUGUGGAAGACCACAGGCUGGGUCUUCACUGCAGCUCUGCUGGCACAUAUGGUGCACACCAAUCACAGGGAGUGUGAUCAGAGUGGGAACACUGUGGUGGAGAGGUUCGGCAGGGAGCUUCUGGCCUCCUUCCCCAAAGACUCGAUCAUCCUGACCAGAGGAGAUCUGCCUGGAAAUUCUCUGCGAUACCUGCACUACUGCCAGGGCGUACGGCCUGAUGUACGCCUGGUUGAUCAGGAGAUGAUGACAUAUGCUUGGUAUGUGGCCAAGCUGGCACAGCACCACCCUGGGAUCCACUUUCCCAGCCGCUGGUGGGACCCGGUCAACCCCGAGGAGAAAGGCACCUUCAGUCUCGAUCAAUUUCUGUCCCGCAACACGCAGAGGGAUGUGUUUGCCUGCAUCGGGCUUCCUGAUGGAGACCUGAGCUGGGAACGCAGUUAUUCCCGCUGGCCCCUGGGUGUGUGUGACUACUUAGUGCCCAUUCAGAAGCAGUUUCACCCUGAAGAGUGGGCUCAUCGUACACGCAAUAUCUACAACUGGAGUGAUCCACACAACAGUUUCCAUCCUGCAUCCUGGGAGCGUGUUGCUAAUGAAGAGAUGUGGCAAGCCAGGAUGAAGACGGCUUUCUUUCUGUUUGACCUGGCUGAAAGGAUGCAAGGAGAGGGGAAAGCUCGCCUCUUUGAGCUGUCUUACACUCUAUAUAAGGAGAUUGUUGAGGCCCACUCCGACUAUCCUCCAAACUGGGACAAGAACCUGGCUCUGGCUUGCGAGAGGCUGCUCCGCUCCGGUCACAGGGGUUACAGUGCAGACAGCCUACUGACCUGCAGUGUCCAGCACUUCAGUCUUUACUUAGAGAAGGACCCCACUGAUCCCCAGGCACCCGCCAUCCGCUCAGCCAUUACUCACCUGCUCCAAGAGAGAGACAGAUUCCGACAGAGCCGGAGGCAAACCCCAUAAGAUCCAUGGAGCUGGAACAAUGGACAUUAUGGCUAAGCCAGUGUGCCUCUUUGUGUGGUUUUAAGGUGACGCUCUAUGUGGAUCAAGACUGGUGCACUGGUGUUAAGUUUGGCUAAAUGUACUGUGCCAAAUUGGACUUGUAUGUCAAAAUUUGAAAUUAAGGGAAAUGCUGGCGGAUAAGUUCUCGUUUGAAGUUACCAAACAGAGCUAACACUGUGCUAUGUCUCAUUUGAUGAAUGUUUACAGUUGACCAGCGGCAGGGCAUGACUUUAGGAAGCCCUGUCUGACCUCAAUCAAGCUCUGCACGCUUCUCUUAAAGUCACCCAUUCAAUUGCUUUAUCGUUACAUCUCGUUCUUUUUCCCCCCUUUUUUUCCUAUUCUGCUCUCAGAGCUUUUAACGUGCUGAUUAUUCUGCCUCAGCCUCUGCUCUACUUCUUUUUCUCACAUUAGGAUGGCAAGACCGAGAUUGAGGGAAACCCAAUUUGGGGGCAGAAAUGGGGGAUUAGAGCGGCUGUUUAAUCUAGGACAGACUUGUGCUGUGCCACGCAGUCCUCACUCCACAUCAGUGGCAGCCCUACACACCCACCCACCCCUCUAUCCUUCCAUCAGUCUAUCUUAGAUGGUCCUUUAAAUGUUUAAAACUAAUGGAUUCGAUGAGUGCUUUCCCCCCCCCUCUCUCUCUCUCUUCCUUCCUAACAUGAGGGCGGUAAUCCCUCUUGGAUUUAAAUGAAAUGUGAAAUGUCACAAUGCCAGGGACCCUUUUAGAGGUGCGUUCGUGCGUGUGCCCAUGCGGGCAUCUAUGUUGAUUUGGGUCUGCAUGUGUGUGAGAACAUGCUUAAAUCUCCACUCAACCCCCUCUCCUUGCCAGAAUUGCUCAUAAACCUAUUCGAUAAACAGAUCGGGGAACUGAAAAGCAAAAUGCUUUGAUCGUUCGAGAGACGCAAAGUCAUGGAAAGUUCACGGAUAAACGCAGAUACGCAAGACUUUCAGUGCCCGACUCACAGGAAAAUGGAAUCUCAGGUCUGUGAAUGUCGGGAAGAGGUGCCGUCAAACUUAGUCGGACUGGACCAGGGUUGUUUCAAGAACACCCCUGAAGUACGCCUUUGUUAUACGUUUGAUCGGGAUCUGACGCAUCAGUUACACAGUUUUUAAAAAUGUUCGUGUUGAUGUUAAUGAACCUCGUGCUAUGAAAUGUGUUGUGCAGAGGUCAAAUCGGCAUAUUGCCAUAAGCUUUAUAAAACGUUUCUGAAGAAGCCUGCUGUUUGAGAUACCAGCGGAAAGCGAGGGACAGUGAGUGCAUGUGCAGUUUUCUCAGAAUGUAAUCUGCCCUCUGUGUUCGCAGGCCUGGUUAGCGGCUGUCAGCUGGCUGGAUGAUGAGGUUCGACCUGCUGUAGCACAGAUGGUUUGGUUUCACAUAAAAACAAGGGGGAAACUGUCAUUCUGCUUUCUACAGAUUAAAAUAUUUCAAUAAAGAUUUUUUUUAUGUAUUUUUGUGUUCUGCUCUCAGACGUAGUAUUUUUGAUAAAAAAUGUUAUCAUAUUUGUUGUUUUGACAUUGCAGGCAAAUUAAUAAUGCGGGUUUAAAUCGUGUUUUUUUUAACUUGACUGUAUUGGUGUAGUUUAAUGUUUACAUCAGUUAUCUGCUGCCACAUGCCUCAUCCCCUCUUAUUUUUACCUUACCUUCCUUUUAUCAUCCCCCUCUUGUCACCCACCCUCCCCGCCUUCCCACCCCUUCUCACUCUGUCUUUCCGUAACCCCUCUGUUCCUCUUCUCUCCCCUGUUUCUGAGAGUCACUUGCCCACCCUAAAUCAGCAAGCUGCCGAGGAUUGUGGGAACCCAUGGAAUCGCCGUGACCAGGGAUGCAGGCAGGGAGCCACAGCAACGCUGGAAUGUGGGGCGUCUGAGGAGAUAAGAGCUGUGAGCCCAGCCAGGGAGAGGCGCGAAGUGGGGGAGGACGAAGAGGCAGAGUGAGGAGGGUGAGACAGAAACAGGGAGAGCAGCAAGUCUGUGAAUGGGGAAACAGAAACACAACGCCAUAAACAGCCAGAGAGCAAGACAGAGUGAGACAGAGAAAGAGGGGCGGGGGACUUAGGGGGGCACACACUGGAGAUGGGAAGCCAGCCUUAUUCCUCUUUGCAUUUCAUUUACAUCCCUGGCCGUAUCGACCAAUCGGAUUGGGAGCAAAGCCCAGGGCUUAGGAGGGGAAUAAAAAGACAAAAUGCCUUUGCUGCUCUCAUCCCUCCCUGAUAAUACCCCUUCUGUUUUUCUUUUCUCCUUUUCUCUCGUCUAUAAGUAGAUACUGUCCGAAAUGCCAGCGGAAAAGCGACACCUCCGCUUGCUGUGUAUCUCAGAUAGACCGAGCGGGAGCAGGGGCUGAAAAGACAGCUUUAGCAACUGGGCCUAUCUCCACUCCUCUCUCUGGCUGGAUGGGAGCUUGGAGUGGAAGGAGGCGGAGGGCUGGGGUGUGUUGGUUAGUGUUUGGGAAGAGAAUAGAGGGUGUGAGAGGCAUGAUAUACUGAGCUGGCCACAGAUUUUGCAAAAUCUUACACUCUGAAAAACUUUUUUUUUCCUUCCUAAGACUCGUAUGUCUCAUUUCAUACUAUGAUUUAGUCAUGAAAGUGACCGGUUUUCACAUUUUCUUAUUCAAGUACAGUACUGUCCAAGUCUUGAGCAGUUUGUUGAAACAUGCAAGCGUACAUGGAAAUACAGUAUAUGAGGUAAAAACAGUUUGUACAUUUCUAACAAGCUUUAAAGUCGAUAUUUGGUAUGACCACUUUUAUUCUUCAACACAGCCUGAACUCUCGUAGGCAAGCAUUCUUGUAUUUUCUUUAAGUUGUCUUUAGUAAUAUUUCUCUGGAUGUUGUCUGCCUUUCUUCUGCUCUCUGUCAAAAUGAUCCAACACUGCUUUGGUAACACUGAGGUGCAGGCUCUGGGGAGGCCAGGCCUGCAUUCAUCGCUCCACCACUGAUUUCCAGUCCUGUUCUUGUGUAAGUUGGAAUACCUCCCACAAGAAGGAAUUCUUAACAGCCACUGAGACCAUUUCUGAUGAGCCUUUAGUUAGCAGUAGAUGGAUAGACUAAAUUAUUUUUUUUCUUAUUUCUUAAGGACGUGACUUUUGGAUUCUGUUCAUCUGCUAUAGAUAGUUUUGAGGUCUGCCACUUCUUCUGUCCUCUAUUCGUCGAGUUUCCUCAGUUUUUUGUGACACAUUGCACACCAUGCCAAAACAUGCCUAGUUUUCAGCUAAUAGCUCUUUGCGACUCUACUUAUUGGUGCAAAAAUACUAUUUUGUACUUGUCCACCUGUAUUACCUUUGGCAUUUUUCAUGAACGCAAGAGGUAAAGAUAGAAGACGGUACUGCAUGUAUCAAGUAAACAUGUAUGAGAAAAUGUAAAAAAGCUGACUUAAAUAAAGCAGAUAAAUAGUUAUCACUUAUGUCUCAGUGUAAGGAGGUCCAUGGGUUUGGACCCAUGCAGUGCCUCUGUGUGCACUGGACUCUACCACAAAAGUGAUUCUGAAUCUCAAGAGUUUCACUUCCAUCAUGCAAAUGAAUUAAAACAAAGCAAAACAGCAUUUGCCUGCAGGUUUGUCUGAAACACCAACUCCUGUGAGCAGGCACACUGUAACCUUAAACUUCUCACAGAGGUAGCACUACUGUUAUCUUGGCUAAAUUAACUGCUCUCCUGAAUGUGUAUUGCGUAGAAUUAGGCCCAUUAACAUCAGUCUGUGUUGACAUCAUGAUUGACUUUUCUCAGGUUUCCGUUUGCCAUCACUCUUGAUUUGUGUUUCCACAGUGUGUGGCGGCCAGUGUUUGUAUGUCAGGUGCAGCAUGUGUGCAAGUUUAUUUGUACAGGUGUUUGUAGUGCCCUCCAUUGUUUUACUGUUUGUAUGUUGUAUUUGCAAGUUUCUUUACUGUGUUUAAAAAAAAAACUAUGGCAUUGUCUUCCUGCUCUAGUCUUUGUGUGGUUGCACCUAUACCAUUGUACUGCAGCUGGAUCCUGCACUGCCAAUGCUGCCUACAUAUAAAUAGUGCUUAUUGAAAUUUACUGUUUGAGAGAUGAGUUUAUCUCACUUGGGGUUUGUGGCUCAGCUGUUAGAGAAAGAGAGGGUCCGUUACCUGCCUGCACAAAAAACCUGUGAGUGAUCAGGUCACAUUAGGACCCUGUGUGGACCCCCCUCCAGCUUCACAGCAUCCUCGUCCUCUUUAACCCACACAGCCUCCUCCCAAUAGUAAAUCAAACCAAACAAUAGAGGAAGAUAUCCGAGGGAUUAGAGGUCAGAGGGUUGGGGAAUACAACAUCUCUAUUUCCAGGAUCAAUUUUCAACCGCUUGGUAAUCUCUGCCCCCAGGCUCCACAUACCUCCAGUGGUCUCUCUGGCGGGGAGGUGGCAUUGCCAGGCUGUUGGAGCUGGUACUCCAGCUGGGUGUGCGUGGUUGAUAGGAUAGCGGGGAGGUGAGGUUGUAGGUUGAUGGUGUGGAUGGACAGGAGAGCAGAGGGAUGAGUAACAAUAGGUCCCUCCCCUGUAUCCAAACCUUACCUUAAUCCUCACGGAUAAAAGUGUAAAUGUAUGGUGUGUAUGAUCACACGCUUGUGACAUUUUAGCAGAUGAAAAACGUUCGGUAUGUGUCUGUGUGCUUCCUGUGUGUGCACAUGUCCACAAACUUUGUUUUAAUCUGCAAAUUUGUAAAUGUGAAAUAACUUUGAGUUCUUCCGAGCAGGCUGAAUAUUAUCCCCAAGUUCCCGUUGUUAUCUUGUGUACACACAUUUGUUUAUUUGAUACAGCCCCGCUCCACUACAGCACUUCUGUAUAUCAAAGACAGCAGUGCGGAGCGUAAUUGAAAAUGGCUACCGUGGAGAAAGGUCUCUCUGCUUUGACUGAGAAGAGGCAGGAAAAAGCCUCAUUCUCCGCUCCCUUCUUAGAUCUAUUUAAAUAAUUGAGGAGUAAACUGACAAAUUAGGCACCUUUAUGGAUGCCCCUGGGCUCUCUCUGGGGUCCUUCACUUUUCCCAGUACAAGAGAGCGCCACUAGGCACUGGAUAAUAUCUCUGUGUGCUUUGAGAAGAAGGGGGGUAGUGGGCCAGGAGGGGUUUCGCCAAUCAAGCGGGCCACACUUCCUCCCCCAGGUUCUAAUUUUGUGCCACAUUAAAGAGCUCGGCCUCCAUUUAGGACACAGAGAGGCAUUUUCAUAAUUUGCCGGGUCUCUCGACUAGCUCGGGGUGCCUUUUUUCCUCUCUCUUGCCUCUCUUUCCCUCACUCUGUAUCUGAAUGGAAGGCCCGGGGAGGAAGAGGGGUAAUUCAUUCGUUUCCUUUCAACCAACCAGCUUCAGUUCUGCAUAAUGUUGCUGCUAGGUGUGUACGGAAGCUAAUAUUUAUCUCUUUAAUAAUUCCCCAUUAGACCUGAAUAUUAUUUGCCACAUAAAGCCUACACUGCUUAUUGUGGGGUGUACAUUGAAACGGUGGCGUUUUGGCAUUGCAGCUGUGACCAUUGAUUAAAUAUGUGUACUGUACACCCAACACGUAAUCUAGGUUAAAGUUGUUUUAAUUCUUCUUGCUGACACCAUCCAUUCAUGCAGCUGCAGCAUGCGUAAGCAUUGAUUCAUAUGUGAUUGGUCACAUAAUUCACAGUCUCAGGGGGCAUUUCAUCGCUGACAGACAAGCUAAUCUGAAAUCCCCCAAUUUACAAAUGAAAAUCCCACCAUCCAAUUGAGCUAAUAGAGGGACUUGAAUGGGAUAAUAAGAUGUGGUGUAAUACUGUGUAAAAAGCCUGUAAUGUUGUGUUGGUGUAAGAGCCUGUGUGACUGGAUGUUUGACUGUUUGCAGUGAUUAUAGGGGCCUCCGGGCCUGGCGACGGCUCCGUGGCUGGGACAGGGAGCUUCUCCCUGGGCAAGGAGAUACGCCUGUCUGCCCCUUCUGCUGGAGCUACAGGGACCAGGAUGUCAUGAGGGAGAGUGCUCCCUGUGAGCUCUCUCUCUCUCUCUCUCUGUCUGUUUUGCUUUCUGUCUCUUUCUGUACGUCUCUCUCUCUCUCUCUCUUCCUCUCGUUCUCGGUCUGUACUAUUGCAGUGCUUGCAGAUGUGCACAAACAAGGGAGGAUUAAAGCAAAACGAAUCUAAACAGACAAAUGGAAUUAGAAUGAUGGGUGUCGGUGGGCUGGUUCACAGUGAUAAACAUAAUGAUGCUCUGUAUGUAUGUGUGUGUGAGUGUGUGUGUGUGUUCCUGUGUCUGGGGGAUUAUCAGUGGUUAGGUGUGUGGUGUGUAUGGCUGGGUGACUGCUUCUGGGUGUCUUUGUGUGUUUGCCUAUCCGUCUAUGUUUUUGUAAUUAUGUGUGUGUAUAUUUACUCUGUCUAUAGUUGUGUGUUUGAUAAAUUAGUUAUUCCAUAUUGCCUCACAAAAACAAGUCUCUCUGUGCCCUCUGCAUGUGUGUGGGUAUGUUUCUCUGUUUUCCUUUCUGUUAGGGUCAUAUUUCUUUCUCGUCUUCCUCUGUGUUUCUGUUUGUGCAGCGGACACUUUUGCCCGUGUGUGCUUAGUGGUCACCGAACUCAGUACUGACCUGUAACUUGAAUAUCAUAAGGCACUAUUUGCUGGAGUGGAAUAUGGAAGUGUGAAGCUGACCACUGCUCUGCUGUUUAUGUGCAGUUGUGUUGUGUUCUUAUGCCAGCAGUCUGUGCGUUUAUGUGGUGUUGAGGUCAGGAGUGUGGAGGAACCAGCAGGGGGGCAGUGAUCAACAAUCUGGGGCUCCCCUGCAGAGGGGCUCUGGGAUUAGGGCUAAACCCUGUCCUGCCAGAUGGGCACAACACAUCCCCACAUCACACAAGCACCAGCACCUUUAGGACUGCUUUUGCCCUGCCCUCUUUCUCUGUGGAAACUUAAGUGACUUAAACCCGAGGACCUCACAGAAACGCGGCAGAGGAGACGACUGAGAUGAGGCACGCUUCAAAGUGUCAGGUAGUGGACAGUAUGGCCAGUCAGCAGGUUUCAAGGGCAUCAGAAAUGAAACUUACAGGUUGUUUUGAUGUGCUGUAUUUUAGAGCCACAGGCUACACUGAAAUGAUAAAGUGUGUCUGUGUGUGUGGGAAGGUCUGUAAGUGUGUAGAUUGGUGGCUCAGGCAUCAGCAGUGGGUUGAUUGCUUCCUGCUUGACUCUUAUCAGGCACAACUGGCACUAAAUAGCAUCUAUAAUAUUGAAUGUAUUCCCAUAAAUCUAUAAAAUUAUUUGCUUUUUAUGCAUUGGCUCAUCGACCUUGUGAAAAAUCUUGCCGUUUUCUGUUUUGUUACAAUUCCUUCUUAAACUCGUAGCGACCUAUGAGUCCAUCAAUCGCAAGUGGAUAACUUGACAUUUGCAUGAACCUCCAGUGCUUUGUGAUAACAGCCCACCUGUAACUAUUAUCCAUUGGUUCCCCAGCAUGACUUAGGAAAUCAUCUCUGCAUUACUAGAAAGCAGAUUACAUGAGACAAGUGUACAAACAAAUAAAAGAUUACAGGCUGUGAACAUGUUUCAGUCUAAUUCCCUUUCAACAAGCUGUGCUCAGCACAAUGCUUUUCUCUCCCCAAGCUAAAUUUGGAUUUCCCCGUUGAUGUGAAGGCCUGCUGGCCAGCCAUGUCUUCCACCAAGAGCACAACCUCUGUAAUGACAGUGUUCCACAAGACUGGCCUGUCUCCUCUGCUGGUAUUAGUUAGGCUUUGGAGUUCAAGUGACUACAGGGUUUAAACAUGGAUUUUUUUUAAAAAAAAAGAGGGGAAGAAAGACUCGCUGUUGUUCUUGAAAAGCUGUGUUUAUCCAGGAUUAGAGACACCAACAUGUUAAUAAUUGUUUCUCACAGAACUGCAAAGAAGCACUUUCCUGUAAUCCCCUAAUCAGGCAUUACACCUCUGAGCGAAGCCACAACGCAGGCGCGUGGUGUCUGUGACGCAGCACGCCUACACUGUGUCAUACACCCACAUCUUCCCCCAAACCACACCCACUUUGUACAAAAGCACCUGCUCUAGUUUUCCUUUUGUAAUCUUUGUAAUUGUCAUGAAGCAUCUGCUGUGGAUGUAUCAUAAAGUUCUGCAUGUGUCUUUCAUUCAUUUUUCACUAUAACAGUCUGGUGUUGUUUAAACAUAACAUUUAUUAAAGCACAAUACUUCUGCUCCA